AUGAAAGAAGAUACUUGGAAAUGUCCUUCUCUAAAUUUAGAUAUUGAAACAUGUUGGCAAACACAGUUUCAAAAAAUCAUUGUUUUUACCAAAUUUACAGCUAAUAGUAAUAGUGAUAAUAUUGGUUUAUUUAACAAUGGUGAUAACAGUGGAUGUAGUUAUGAAGAUGUUUCUAUCAAAGAUCUGAUUGGCUCAAGUGAUUUGAGAAUCAGAUUGAUGCUAUCAGCAUUGGAAUCUAAUGAAAUCGUAGAGGAUUCAGAAGAUACCAGAUUCGAAAAACUAAAAGAUAGAUUCGAUCGACUACUUACAGAUCCUCAGCAAUCGCUAUUGUUACUACAAACCUAUAGUUUAUUAGAUAUUCCAAUAAGAGUAUUAAAGAAAUCAAAUUAUAACAUACAUACUAAUAACAAUAACAAUAACAAUCAACAACAAUUUCAAAAUGAUGAACAAAUAAUAUCAUUAAACUUAAAGUUUAUAUCAUUACUAUUAAGACAUAAUAAUAUAUAUAAAUAUCUAUUAGAUAAUUAUCAACAACAAGAAGUAGUAGUAGUAACAGAACAGAAUAACAACAAUAAUAAUAAUAGUAAUAACAAUAAUAUUGUAAUGAAAAUAAUAAAUGAAAUAGUUGUACAUUUCACAUCGAAUGAUAAUGCACUGAUAAGAGACACCGCCAUCAAUUGUAUCAUUACAAUGUUGACAUUGAACAGCGAGAUAGCCGAUCAUAUCAUUUACAACAACGAUUACAUUAGCAUAUUAAAUACAUUAAUACACAAUAUAUUCGAAUCAUUUAAAUAUCCAUCAAAUUUUGUAUCUAGAAGUGCAGAGAAGCUUCUCUAUACAAUCAUUCAUCUAUGCAAGAAUCAAGAGAACACCACUAUAAUAUCAGAGUAUAUCAAUCAAUUUCUAGUAAAUGACAGUCAGUCUCAGUCAAACAUAGAUGUCAAGCUAUCACUCUUGGAUCUAUUCAUUCAUCUUUUGAAUCAUCAUAAUGACAUAGAGUUUUUAAUUAAAAAUAAUAUUGUAGGUGUUAUUCAUUAUCAUCAAUCAACUUCAAGUGUUAUAAAACAACAACAAAAACAACAACAACAACAACAAGAACUAGAAAUAGAAUCAUCAUCAUCACAGUUGUUAUAUAAUCAUUUCCUUUCAUUAAAACCAUUAUUCGAAGGAAUAGUAUCUAGACUUUUACAAUCAAAACAAAAAGAUCUGAUGAUUACUUCAAUCGAUUUAAUAGGUGUAUUGGAUUCAAGUGAUUUAUUUAACGACAACAGCAACAACAACAACAAUAAUAAUAAUAAUCAUUUGUUUGAUCAGCUAAAUUCAAUCAUUGCUAUAAUAAUAGAUAAUCAAGAUAACAAUCGUCUAAUCAUAACAGAUUCAAUCAUGUUCAGUCUGAUUCACAGUACCAAACUUAUAUUGAUUGGUAAUACUGAUAGUAACAACAAUCGAAUUCACAUUCAAAAUCAUAAUAAAUGGGUCGAUUUCAUCUUCAAAGUUGCAACUCUUCAAGCAUUCAAACAAUCAAGCUCAUUGAAGACAUCAACCAAAACGCAGAGAGAAGCAAUCGAUUGUAUUCAAUAUUUUGAUUUACAUUAUAUUCUUUCAUUAUAUAACAACAACAACAAUGACACCAAUCAAAUCGAUCAUGAUACAGCAUUAACAUCAUUAUUGGAUUCACUCAAAUCACAAUAUAGAGUAGUAGCUAAACAGACUUUUCAAACAUUACACAAACUUAUCAAUCAAGAUCAAAAACAAAUACUCUCUGAUAAUAACUUUUUAAAUAGAUUACUGAUAUCUUUAUCAAAGGUAUUGAUGAGUCCGAGUGCAGAUAUAAGAGAGGUUGCUCUAUCGUUUUUAUUCUCUAUAUUCAAAGAUGGUGAAACUCUUGGUGAGAUUACAUUGAUCGGUCAAUGGUUAUUGGAUCACAACGUAUGCUCUAUGGUUAUCAACAAGCUGGUUGACUCUGACAGCUAUGUUCGAUCGUCCUCUCUAGAUGUUAUCAAUGUUCUCUCUUCGUUUGAGCCUGCCUGGAACAAGCUGAUUGCCAACUCCAAUAGUGUCGCUGCCGGAGGUGAUCGUGCACACUUUCAUAUCAUCGACGACAGUAAACCAAAGAAACAGAUCAACGACGAGCUAAUGAAUCACAACCAAAUUAAUUUAAUUAAAUAUACAGAGAUGUUGAAAUUAGAACAAGAACAACAAGAACAACAUCUUCAGCAACAACAACAACAAUCUGAUUUACUAUCAAUGACAGAUUCAACAGAAGUACAAUCACUCACUGGAGAUAUCGAUUUCGAAUGGAAUGAUGAAGAGUUCCGUGAGAUGCUUUCGAGAACACAAGAGGAAGCUACCAACUUUUUAGCCGACGAAGAAGAGUCUUUAGAUAUUGCACCGCCGACACUCAACAAUCUCAAUCAAAACUAUCCUUUCCCUUAUUCGAUUUUAUUAUUUUUUAGUGACGAAGAAUCAUAUCCAAGAAUAUUGAUGAAUGAUACUUACUGGGAAGUAAAGUCAUCCUGUAUUAAAUUGUUUUUAAAUAUACUAUCAAUGGAGAAUGGUUUAAAUGCUUUGUUAAAGAUAAAUGCUAUUACUUUGUUGGUUGAUAAGCUAAAGAAUAGCUUAGAGGAUAACAUUAUCAAGAUUGCCACAAUCAAUUGUUUGAAACAAGUUUUAAUAGUAUUCAGAGAGAAUAAUAAUAAUAACAAAGAGAUUAGUGAUGAUCUAGGAGAUACUGAUGGCGAACAACAACAACAACAACAAAUUCAUUUGCUAAAGACAUUAGAUUUACAAACAUUCGAAUCUGAAUGUUCAAAAGAAACACAGUUUACAGAGGAUGAAGAAGAGGAUAUUUCAAUCUUUAUUGAUUUAAAGUCUGUUGGUUUAAAUAACAAAGAUAAAAAUAAAAUCGAUUGCUACUAA